CCCUGUCAGCGCGGGAGGGAGGGAUCGGGGCGGGCUCCGGCGGGGCGCUCGGUCGGGGCCCGGACCCCCGGAGGGAGGCGGUCGGGAUGCGGUGCGAGAAGAUGGCGGCCCCGCCGCCGCCGCCACCAGCCGGCUCGGCGGGGGCUUGUAUGGGGUUACGGCGGCGCUGCCAGCGGCUGCUUUACUGGGUGCCGGUCCUCUUCAUCUCCAGCAUCCUCUGCUGGUCCUACUACGCCUAUGUCACCCAGCUCUGCCUCCUGACAAUGACAAAUAUUGGAGAAAAAGUUGUGUGCCUGGUUGCUUACCACAUAUUUUUCAUGCUGUUCGUCUGGUCAUAUUGGAAAACAAUCUUUACGCUACCCAUGAAUCCUUCAAAAGAAUUUCAUCUAUCAUAUUCAGACAAGGAAUCCCUAGAGAGGGAGCCUAGAGGUGAAUCCCAGCAAGAAGUCUUAAGACGAGCAGCCAAGGAUCUUCCUAUCUAUACACGGACAAUGUCUGGAGCGAUCAGAUACUGUGACAGAUGCCAUCUUGUAAAACCAGAUCGUUGCCAUCACUGUUCUGUAUGCGACAAAUGCAUUUUGAAAAUGGAUCAUCAUUGCCCUUGGGUGAACAACUGUGUAGGAUUCUCCAAUUACAAAUUUUUUCUUCUCUUCCUGGCUUACUCUCUACUGUAUUGCCUUUUCAUUGCUGCAACGGAUUUACAGUAUUUUAUCAAAUUUUGGACAAAUGGCCUUCCUGAUACUCAAGCCAAGUUCCACAUCAUGUUUUUAUUCUUUGCUGCGGCUAUGUUUUCCGUCAGUCUGUCUUCUCUCUUUGGGUAUCACUGUUGGCUUGUCAGCAAGAAUAAGUCCACGUUAGAGGUAUUCAGAGCUCCUAUAUUUCGUCAUAGAACAGACAAGAAUGGCUUUAGCUUGGGCUUCAGCAAAAACCUAAGGCAGGUGUUUGGUGAUGAGAAGAAAUACUGGUUGGUGCCUGUGUUUUCAAGUCUAGGGGAUGGUUGCUCCUUCCCAACUUGCCUUGUUAAUCAGGAUCCUGAGCAAGCUUCUACACCUGGUGCUCUUAAUUCAACAUCCAAAAAUGAGAACCACCUGUUUCCUGCGAAGCCGUUGCGCGAUUCCCAGAGCCACCUUCUUACUGAUACACUGUCUUGGUCAGAAACCAGUGGAAAGGCUGAAAAGGGCAAAGUUGGUAUGAGCAAUCCUGCAUUAACCAUGGAAAAUGAAACCUAGUUUCCCUUAAAAGAAGCAUCUGAAUACAUAAGGAAAGUUCAAGAAAAAGCUGCUGUCAGAAGGAAGAUGCACUCUUCCAAAUAUCAGCCCUGUUGGCCAGCUGCUCCUGUCUGCUCCUGUGUGGAUGUGCUCAGAAAACAAACUGACAGACGAUUAGCUGUCUCCAUGUCACUGCUUGAAACAUGAAAUUAAACAUAUUACUUCUGAACCAUAUAAAGAAUGUUUCAACUUAAAAUUACUGGUUUUGAAUGGCAAAGGAUGAUUCUGAAAUGAAAAAAAAAAAAGGAGUCUGAGUUUACUAUUGUAAGAAUUCAAUGGCUGGUUUUACUUCGAUACUCAGCACAAGAAAAUGUGACCUCCGUACAUAUCAGUCCAUGUGCUUGCCUUCGUUUUGAAAAGAAGUCACCUGUUAAUUCAAAUUGCUGUAAGUAGUUGACUUUAAAAUCAGAUUUUUGCUCUACUGGCUUUAUGAAUUAGGAGAACAGCCAGAGUUGAUUAUGAAUAACUGAGUGGCUUGGUGGUCUGUAUUUUCUUUCAAGUGCUUGAUAAGCAAUUUUUGAGAAUAAGGAGACCCAAGCGAAGAGUCUGACUAUUUUUGGAACAUUUUUUGAAAAUUUUUGGAAAAUGUUAUUGAAAAGUUCUGUUUCCCUUCAGAUCUGUACUACCAAUAGUUUGAAAAGUUGCGGAGGGGGGGAAAAACCACCUUUGUUAAUUGAAUACUGCAGUGGGUUGCUGGUAAAUGGAGCGAUAAAAAGCCUGCAUUCAAAUGGAUGAUACAUAAAUGAAGUUGGCCAGCUGGGAAGUUUGGUGGGAGCCGCAGAGGACAGUGCUAUGAAACGGGGAUUUUAUUGUCCCGUUUGGAACUAUUAACCCCUUCAGGAAAUGAAUGUUGGCACUUAACUUUGAUCCAAAAGGCUUUUUACCAGCCUGCGUUCCUGAGGGCCACUGUCCUUCAAAAUCCUAGUUUCUUAUUAAUCAAUAGUUGUCUCAGAUUUCUUUUUUCACUUGUUCUUUAAGACACUGCCUUUCUUACUGCAUAACUUAAUGACUGUCAUGUACAAUCAAGGAGACUUACUGUUAUAACUUGUGAUAUUUGCAUUUACAGGACAACAAGAUGUUUGAUUGCAAUACCAAAAAGCCCCUUCAGUUAAGUUAGGAGCUAGCAGCUUGCUUAGGAUUGGAGUUCACUGGCCAGAUAACGUAAGGUGCGUUACCAACUUUCAAAGUCAAGGAAGUUUCAGCAACACAAAUCAAAUUUGUCUUGUGCCUUUUGUAUACACUAAAUUUAUGGUAUCGGUGUUUACAUUUAAAUGCAAAUUGUUAUUUACAACUUUAGGAGGAAACAACUUUAGGAGGAACUUAGUUAUGCUUUCUCGGGGGCUAGAUUAAAAAAGACUAGUCCAAAAAAGAAAAAGUGGAAACCUCUCAGACUAAGGUCAGUUCAGUUGAAGCAGAAAAGUAUUUCAGUUACCCAACUUGAGUCACUCAGCAGGUUGGUUCACAGUGUGAAGAUGCCAGUUGUUUGUUUAGAAAACUGGCAGCAGGACUAAGUGACGGAUUUCUGAAAGCAAAAAUCUCAUCAUUAACUCUCCUACAGGCAGGUAACUGUAAAAUUCGUCUUUCCUGGGUUUACAACUUAAGUGAUAGCUGUUGGAGCACAAUAUGGCUUUUUUUUCUAGUGAGGGAAAAAUGUAUUUAUUUUACUUCCUUUUUUUUUUAAUCACAAAAUUUUACCAGCCUGAAAACAUCUGUUUCUUGCCAGAAGUGCCGGAGUGUGGGUCCCUAGAUGUAAAACACCUUUUUAAAACUAGCAUGAAGGUAGCAUACAGUUUACAUGAUGCCUGCAGACAUCUAGCAACCAAAAGUUUUUCGCAGCUAUUUAUUCAGUGUUGUUCUGUCAGCUUACCUCGUAUUAGUGUUUGUUUAAAGGCUAACUUGUCAAGGGAUAAAGGGGAGAGGGAAAAAUAUAUAUUUUUAACACUUCGGGUUCUCUAUCUGUAUAGUCGUGUUUUUUACACAGUUAGUCGCAGGGUGGUUUGUCAUGGAGCAUGCUUUUGAAAAUACUGAGUAAAAAGUUGAAUUUCAGCUUCAGUGUAACUUGCUCCGUAUUUUUAUGUAAAGACAAAGUACAGAUUUCUUCCCCAGCAAAACUCAUAAUGGAAAUGGACAUCUCCCAUACAGAUGUCAGCAUCCCUGACUACGUCCAGGGCUCCGAGAGCUCUCACUAGGGCUGGGGAUCAAUGUAGAGAAAGGACAGGGAUAAAGGAGCAAGAAAUGCCUGACUUCUCCAUGUCUCGGAAGUCACAGGUAGAAAGCACAAUAGCCCUAAAUAAUCUGCAACUUCGAUGUAGCCAGAGGCUGUCCCUUUAGCAGAGAAGUGAUGGAGGCGUGAGAAACAUAUGCGGAUGAAGGCAGGAGAAGGGGAAGAGAAAUGAGGGUCACUCAGAGGUAACUGUUGAGCUGAUCUGAGCCAGAGGGCUGUAGCUACGGCUGCUCUCAGGAUGGGUAGGAGCUGUGUCUCCAUGAAGAGCGCUGUCGGCAGGCUUUUGAGGGUUCCUGGCAGUUCUCGCUGUAUAGAGUAUGGACAAAAGGGAGCUAAUCGUGCUCCAAAGUAUAAUUUCUGAUAUGACUAUAUUCUUGGCUUUAAGCUCUCUUAAUACUUUAUAUAGCAAAGUGGAAAUGGUCUUUUUGACAUAAUGUCAUCGAGCAUUGAUGCUGUUGCAAUGCACUUGGGAGAAUUUGUGAAGAAGUAAGAGGAGCAAGGAUGCGAUGUUGUUUGUCUGCUUACACUGAUUCUCCUGUUCUUUAUAUUCUUGCUAGGCACUUUACUACAGCCUUUUGUGUAAUUUCUGUAUUUUUUUUAAAGACUGCUUUUUACCUACUGUACAGUUACUAAUCUACUUUUUUGCUAAAAAGAAAAUAAUAGCCCUGAUAUUUGUCUAGCAGUAUGACUGCAUUUCAAGCUUCAGUGGAACGAGUUCUACAGCCUCCUCAGAUGGGCUGGAGUCCCUAAUGACAACAGAAUUAAAUUUAUUUUGUAUAUAUGUAAACAGUCAUAUGCAUCAUAGCCCCUCACAUGCGUAAGAAGCUUCCUUAAGUUGUAGGUAAUAACAAAUCCAAUACACAUCUGCCCCAGACGUGGUCCACACACAUUCUCUGGCAGUUGAUGUACUGGUGGUGGAAUGCUCAAAGUCCUCACACAGAAUUAUUUUUAUUAAGAAAAUGGAACACCUGGAUGUUGGUGAGCUCCUCCCACUGAGCAAUUGGACACAGUUGCUGCUAUGCACUUUAAUUCUUUAACUUGAGAGAAAAAAAACACUGUCCCGUUUAAGUUGCAGAUUGAAGGUUCUUUAGUAGCGUACAACUGUGGGCAGGUAACUAAUGAAAUUAUUUUUCACUGUUUGUGUACUUAAAAUCAGGGUCUUCGAGCACAAACUUGCAGGAGGCAAGUUUGUUGUAGUGCACGGUGUGCUGUAGCGGUUGUUAGUCAUGAUUUGGACUGAAAGUUCUUGCCCCAGUUAAGUUGACUGGUGUACUGGAGUAGGGGGAAAUAUAUUUCUACAUAAACUUAGUGUAUAACUUUGCCACUUGUUAAUGUAUUGCUCACAUAAAUAAAUGCUUCAUGUUCAGCAA